CCUCUAUAAAUAUAUACAUAUAAACAAAAAAGUGGAGGACCAAACCUUUAAAAUUACAAUACCGAAAUUCCUCCCAUUAAAUUUCUUUUAGCUUCUUCGUUUGGCUGCUAAUGGCUUCUUUCAACGUAUCUUCUCCUUCAACUGCAGCUCUUUCUCGUCUUCGGUCAUCCAAAAGUUUCAAAUUCUUUAAUGGAUUGCACAGCACAAAUCUAUUCUUAACAAAUGGCUGCUUACCUGAUUUGGCCUUGACGCGGUUGGAUAGUAGAUCAUCCUUUGUUAUUAAAAGUGGUGGCAAAACUAGAGCUGCACUUGUAUCUGGAGAAGGCAACAUCCUGUCUUAUUCGAAUGGCAAUGAUGCUACAACAAAUGGUACCCUCUUCCGUGAUAAAUCGGUAGGGAUCGAAGCACAACAAGAUGCAAUAGCAUUUGGAACUCUUGCGGCCGAUACUGCUCCUACAAGUAAUGGCUUUCCCAUUAAUAAUGAUGAUUCUGAUUUGGAUCGUCCAACUGAAGGUUUUGCUUCCAUCCUUGAGGCAAUCGAGGACAUUCGCCAGGGCAAGAUGGUAUUGGUUGUAGAUGAUGAGGACAGAGAGAAUGAAGGAGAUCUUAUAAUGGCAGCUGAGUUGGCGACACCGGAAGCAAUGGCCUUUAUCGUGAAGCAUGGAACUGGGAUCGUUUGUGUGAGCAUGCUAGAGGAAGAUCUGGAGAGGUUGCAGCUUCCUUUGAUGGUGAACCAAAGAGAGAAUGAAGAGAAACUCCGCACUGCAUUCACAGUUACAGUGGAUGCAAAACACGGUACUACAACUGGUGUAUCAGCUCAUGAUAGAGCAACAACAGUAUUGGCCCUUGCUUCUAGAGAAUCCAAACCUGAGGACUUCAACCGCCCGGGUCACAUUUUCCCACUGAAGUAUAGGGAAGGUGGUGUCCUAAAAAGAGCUGGGCAUACAGAAGCUUCUGUUGAUCUAGCAGUGCUAGCUGGACUGGACCCUGUUGCAGUUCUCUGUGAGGUUGUAGAUGAUGAUGGAUCCAUGGCUAGAUUACCAAAGCUUCGCCAAUUUGCUGAGCGGGAGAACUUGAAAAUUAUAUCCAUUGCUGAUUUAAUUAGGUAUAGGAGAAAGAGGGAUAAAUUAAUUGAGCUUGCUGGUGCUGCACGGAUUCCAACUAUGUGGGGGCCAUUCACCGCCCAUUGUUACAGGUCGAUAUUGGAUGGGAUUGAGCAUAUAGCAAUGGUUAAGGGUGAGAUUGGAGAUGGGCAAGAUAUUCUUGUGAGGGUUCACUCGGAAUGCCUCACGGGAGACAUAUUUGGAUCCGCUAGAUGUGACUGUGGGAAUCAGCUUGGCCUUGCAAUGAAACAGAUUGAGGCUGCUGGCAGGGGUGUUUUGGUAUACCUUCGUGGACAUGAAGGCAGGGGAAUUGGUUUGGGCCACAAGCUUCGUGCAUAUAAUCUUCAGGACGCUGGUCGUGACACAGUCGAAGCAAAUGUGGAACUUGGAUUGCCCGUUGAUUCAAGAGAAUAUGGCAUUGGCGCACAGAUACUGAGGGAUCUUGGCGUGCGAACGAUGAAACUGAUGACUAACAAUCCGGCCAAGUACAGUGGACUCAAGGGUUAUGGAUUAACAAUAGCAAGCAGGGUUCCACUACUAACUCCUAUUACAAGGGAGAAUAAGAGAUACUUGGAAACAAAACGAGCUAAAAUGGGUCACGUAUAUGGCUUAGAUUUUAACGGCAGUUUGAACAGUCUCAUUAUCGGCGGCAAUGGUAACACGGUUGCUCCGACUGCAUCUGAAUCCUAGAAUCUGCUGCUGCUGCUUUGCUUUUAGAUGUAGUAGGCAACUCGUUGACAUGAUCCAUUGCUACAAAUUGACAUCAAUACAUCACAUCUCUGAACUUGGUUAAAAAUAUGAAGAUUUAAGCAUUCACUUUGGCAUAUGCUUCCAUGUAGAAAAUAUGAUUCGGUUUCCUAUACAAAAGGAAGAGCCAUUGCCAUUCAUUCUUUUUCUAAAUAACAUCUCUCAUUUGUUAGUGUUGUAAUUCGAAUUUUAUAUGAAUAAAAUUUAAAAUGAAAAAUGCUUUUAGCA